AUGCCCUUCGUGCAGCGUUUCGUUGAGCCCAAACACUUGAGCCGGACUCAACUCUUCGAUGAAGAUGGAAAGCCGAAAGUGGAUGAUGAGGAGCUGGAGGCCGUUAAUAAUAACACCUUGUGCAAUGCUCUUCGACAGCUCGCCUCUUUGGUGCUGGCCGCCAAUGAUAUAUUCGAGGAGCUGGGAGGGCAGCUUCAGACCAUCAAGAAGAGGUCAGACGCCAUCAAGGUGAAACUCAACGAUUUGGAAGGAAAGGUCAACAAGGUUGACCCGAAGGAGGUUACAGUGC